AUGAAAGUUAUUGUUUUCAUCGCUCUUUUGACAUGCAUUUUAGGUCAGCAACCUGAGAUGUUAGAGCAAAUAGCAUAAAAUAGUUUUGGUAGAUAAAUUUUGUAAACAAUUUAAUUGGAACUCACUUAAGAAAAUGCAGCCAGAUAAAUUUAUACCAUGCUUAACAAACUAUUUUAUGAUCUAAGAGAUGAAGAUGCUCGUUCAAGCAAAGCAAAUGGAGAAAGAUAAACAUAAUGCGCUGAUCAAUUUGCAUCAAUCAAUUCAAUUUAAGAAAAGGCUGUUGUUGCAAAGGCUGAUUAUGAAAGAUAAAUCCCAGGGAAAUAAGAAGAGUUAGCAAAUAAAGUAGCAUAAGUUGAAUAAAAAAAUGCUGAGAUCUAAAGAAAUGAUUAAUUAUAAAUAAACUUUUCAGAGCAAAGAAGAAAAGAACAUGAAGCUUAUGAACACAAGAGAGAUGAACUUAUUGGUUUAAUCAAUGGUUUAAAAUAAGCAUAAUAAAUUAUUAGAUAAUUAUAAACUCCUCAUCCUGGAGGUGCUCUUGUUCAAUUGAAGGAUCAUCAUGAACAAUUAUUAAAAUCAUAUGCUGCCAAUUCAGAAUUCAAAAGUAUGGCCUCAUUAUUAAUGGAAUUGUGCACAGAUACUAAAAUACAUUCUGAUAAUGACAAUGUUUAAGUUAUUGUUGACAUCAUCAACGACCUAAUUGAAAGCAUUUACGAUGUGCAAAAGAGAGAAAUGUAUGCAGAAGAUUGGGCUGAAAAGUUCUUCGAAUAAGAUUUACUUCGAUUUUCAAAAGAAAAUGUUAGAUUGUCAGGUUAAAUUGCUGAUGAUCAGGCAGCUGCUGAAUUUGCUUAAUAAAGAUUGGAGGAUCUACAACAAUAGACUCUGCUUUAAUAAAUUAUUUAUGAUAAUAAGGAGGUAGAGAGAAAGUCUUUUGAAGUAGCUUGCAAAGAGGAUAGCAAUGCUGCUGAAUAGGCUAGAGUCUCAAGAAACGAAUAAAUUCAAAUUGUACUUCAGUUAUUGGAAUUAUUUGAAAAUAAUUUCAAUGACAGAACCAGAGCAGCACUUCUUUAAAUAGUUGUAUGA